GCAAAAGCCCCUAACACGCCUCGGUAACAUUACCACCACACUCGCCUGCCGUCUUUGCGCGCCAGCAUACCUUCCAACGAGCCCGCCAUCCUCUUGAACCGCCGGUUGUAGCACUCGAAACACCACAGUCAUGGCCGACUUCCAAGGCAUUGCUCAACAGUUUGUCGAGUUCUACUACAAGACCUUUGACGAGAACCGCGCCGGUCUCGCUUCUCUCUACAAAGACACUUCUAUGCUCACCUUUGAGCAGCAGCCAACACAGGGGUCAGCCGCCAUUGUAGAGAAGCUCCAGAACCUGCCCUUCCAGCAGAUACAACAUCAGACCGCCACUAUUGACGCACAGCCGUCUGCUGACGACGGUAUCCUUGUUCUUGUCACGGGCGCGCUCAUGAUUGCGGGCGAGACAAAGCCAAUGAGCUUCACCCAGGCUUUCCAACUCAAGAACGCCGACGGCAGCUGGUACGUUCUCAACGACGUUUUCCGUCUCGUAUACCCCGCCGCAUAGAAUGCCUAACCGCCUUCUGUUGUCGAAUGGGAGCUAGCGGAAUCUGGGGUGGUAUCUGAAGCGUUGGGCGGAACCUCAAGGGGCGGGAGCACGUUUGCGAACGUCUCUGACUUUGGAAGUGUUGGUGGAUGGCCAUGUUAAGGACAAUGAGAAUGACAAUUCCCACAGUCAUUGCUGCACCAUCUGGGGCAUGUGGAACGGAGGAUGAUUCUUGCACGGAUAUGUCGAGUUGAUCCCAGAAUUACAUCAGCAUUAUUUUG